AAUCAUACAAAAUCGACAUUUAUUUGUAGUGAACAUUUUGAGAAAGAAUGUUAUACAGUUGGUUCAUUCUUUCGAAGAACAUUAAAAAAGAAUGCGGUACCAACUAUUUUUCGAGAGACCGAAGAAAGUAAAGAAAAUAUUAACAUUUGUCAAGUGAUACAAACAAGUAGACUACAUGCAUCCCAACAACAUAAUAAUGAACUCAGUAUUGAGUAUUGUCCCCAAAUGAUGCUAGUGGUAGUGCCUUACCUGAUUCAAGAAUGGUAUUCACAAUGGCGUUUAUUACGGAUAAUAAUUGUUAUAUACAUACAUAUAUAUUGCGAGAUAUGUCGCAGUUGGAAAAAAAGAAAAAGAAUGACGGAUGUUGGAACACAAAUAGAAGAGGUACAGUCUUGUAAAAAAAUAAAGAAAGACGUUGCAGUUCAAGUAGAGAAACGACUGUUACCUCUAUCUCCAAAGGAAACACAAACGAAGAGGAGACUUGUAAUAUUGCAAAAACGUUUAAGACGAAGAGACAAAUCCAUAGCAUCCAUGAAAGCAUUAAUAGCUCAUCUAAAAUAAAAUGGUAAAUGCACUGAUGCAUUAGAGCAAGCAUUAGAAAAUAAUUUUACAGGAUUAACC